AUGCCAUCACUGAUACCAAAUGGAUUUGAAUGGGGUGAGACCAGGCAUGGCCGAUGGGAGCGUGACGUUGAUGAGGCGGAGCAAUUCUACACAUCACUGGCAAAAGCGUAUGAAGGAACCGGAAGAACAUUCUUUGCCAUGACAGGCUUCAUUUCAGUUUUUGUUCCUGCGGAGAGCCAUUCCUCAGACCACCAGACCGAGAAUAGAACAGAGGAUGUUCUACGAAAUGCUUGGCUACGACUACGGUACGAUCAUCCCACAAUCGCAUCGAGAGUAGAAUACGAUGUUCAUGGGAAAAAGUGCAAAAAGAUAUAUGAGACAUUCACAGAAGAGUGCUCACAGGAGGAUUGGUUGAAAACUACGUUCCAAAUCGUGUCAACCAGCAUAUCAGGGCUUGAAUGGUGUAAUUUGGAUCCCCCUGUCCCGGCCUUGCCGACUUUAUUUCUGAUCAAAAAGCCAUCCUCGGCUGAUGGAGCCUUUCGGGCGGAUGUUGUUCUUCGAGCUCAUCAUGACAUUAUUGAUGGAAUGGGCACUUUGAUGCUUUUUAACAAUUUAUUCGCACAUGCGGCAGAAAUCUAUAAAUGGGGAGCAAGUUAUACCGCUCCCUGCUUUGGUGGUGAAUGGGCUAAUCUGAGCCCGCCACUCCGUGUGGCUGCCGGGAUACCCAAGGAUUUACGGCCGGCUCAACAAAACCGGCUACAAGAUAUCAUUCAUUCCAACCAAUCCCUCAAGGAGGGCGCUGAAAUUGCUAGCGUCCCAUUUCACAGAGAUAGGACACAACCGGGUAAACAUCAGCGCACCGCCAUCACUCUUUCUAUAGAGCAAACGAAGCAAUUGCUGGAUAGAUGCCGGGAGACUGGCCUUAGCAUUACCCACGUUUACCAUACUGCAAUCGCGGUUACUGUCCAGGGCACCCAGGAGAGACACGUGAAUGAGCGCAAAGUCCGCUAUCUCAGUUAUAGCCUCAUCAACGAGCGUGGCCAUUGCAGGAACCCAUAUAGUACUUGGGCCCACCCCGCAACGGUAUACCACUCUGUAUCAGGGAGGUCCCUGGCAAUCGAUUUGAAUGUUGCAUCAUCAUUGGAGACAGCUGAUAUGACGUCUACCGCAGCGAAAGACAAAGCGGAAUUCAUGGAUAUUGCUGAAACAGUACGCAACUUUUAUCUCGACAUACGGGAUGACAAAGAGCACAUCUUCCUUGUUCCGUCUUAUUGGAAAAUGUCUACCAUUCCAUAUCCGACUGAUGGAGUUACCCCCCCUGUCCCCUCACGCAACGAUAAGCCCUCUGUUUCGAUAUCCAGCAUGGGUGUCCUUGACAAAGUGAUAAGCCCCAUCCAUGGGCCAUUCCAGCUAGACAACCCAUGGGUUACCGGGGAAGAGUUAGGCACGGGACUUGGUGUAUUCUUGGGCACUUGGAAGGAUAGGUUGACUUUGAGUGUAGCAUAUAACGAUGCAUGGCAUGACAGAAACGAGGCAGUGGCCUUUUUAGAAAGAUGCAACCAGACGGCAUUUCGUGCACUCGGGGUAGAAUGGUGA